AUGAACAAUGAUCAAGAUACAAAAUCGUCGCAACCAACACGCGGCGGUACCAUUGAAAAUUCAAAAUUACAGAAUACUAACAAUGAACACGGUAAUAAUGAUAAUAACUAUGCUGGCGGCUACAAUCGUGGAGGAACUCCUCAACAACAACAAACUUCUACACAGGCCUAUCGACCGCCACACUUACAGAACCGAAUGAAUUUGCCAAAUGGAAAUUACGGUAAUAAUAGUAAUACAACUAGUGGCUAUCGAGGACCAGCUAAUACUGGUGGUUCACAAUCUUCACAACAAAAUUAUGGUAAUAAUAUUCGUUCUCAUGCACCUUCACAACCAUAUUAUGGCCAAAUGCCAGCCCAACCACAGCAAAUCUAUCAUCAACCUAUACCAAAUAAUUUUCAACAGAUGGGACAAGUACCACGUUCAAUCAAUUCACCACAACCACUUGAUAAUCGAAACUAUGGCCAACCUCCACAACAACAACAACCAGUAUCGAUACAAAAUCGAUCAUUCAAUGAUGUAUCACAACUUCAACAAACUUUUGUUCGACAGGGUCCUGCUGGUGGCGGAACUGUCAAUCAACAAGCAUCUGCAGGCGGCGGGCGCUGGGAUGCUAUUUUAGCUGAAAGACAAACAUCAACUAAUAAUAGUGGUAACAGUAAUAAUUAUCAACGUGGUUCUUCUGGUAAUUAUAAUAAUCGAAAUACUCGUGAUAAUAAUAGCGGUAAUUAUGGUGGACAACGUGAUAAUAAUUAUAAUCGACGUGACCAGGAGUCUCAUAAACCGUAUCAUUCACAUGUUGGUGGUCAAUCAGGUGAUGCAACGGGUGCCGAUUGGAGUACACCACUACCAUCAAAUACUAAACUUGAAAUGGAAUUAUUUGGUGUACAUCCAACUGGUAUUAAUUUUGACCUUUAUAAUGAUAUUCCUGUUGAAUCAUCACAUAUGGAUCAUCCACCUGCUGAGUCAUUUGAAGAUUGUAAUUUUGGUGAAAUUAUUAAAAACAAUAUUAAAUUAUCAAAUUAUGGUACACCAACACCAGUACAACGUUACGCAAUACCUACUAUUUUACUUCGACGUGAUUUAAUGGCUUGCGCUCAGACUGGAUCGGGCAAAACAGCUGCAUUUCUUCUUCCUAUUUUACACAUGAUCUUCCAAGAAGGUCCUGUACGUAGUCCUCAAACUAAUAAUCGAAAUAAUCGUAAGCAAUAUCCACUUUGUCUUAUUCUGGCUCCGACACGUGAAUUAGCUUCACAAAUUUAUGAUGAAGCACGAAAAUUUUCUUAUCGAUCUAUGGUUCGUUCAUGUGUUGUUUAUGGUGGAGCUGAUAUUGGUUUUCAAACACGUGACUUAGAAAAAGGUGCACAUUUAUUAGUAGCUACACCAGGUCGUCUUAAUGAUUUAAUACAACGUGGUCGUAUCGGAUUGGAAAAUAUCCGAUAUUUGGUCUUGGAUGAGGCUGAUCGCAUGCUGGACAUGGGUUUUGAGCCUCAAAUUCGUGAGAUUGUUGAACGGUCAGAUAUGCCGGCUACUGGUCAGCGUAUAACGCUUAUGUUUUCAGCUACUUUUCCAAAACAAAUUCAGGAAUUGGCACGUGAUUUUCUUCUUGAUUAUGUGUUUUUGGCUAUUGGCCGAGUGGGUUCUACAUCACAAAAUAUAACGCAAAAAAUUGUUUGGGUAGAAGAAACUGAAAAACGUUCAUUUUUACUUGAUUUACUCAAUAUCCAAUCUGAAUCAUUGACAUUAGUAUUUGUUGAAACAAAACGAGGAGCUGAUAUGCUUGAAGAUUUCCUUGGUAAUCAUCAGUAUUCCGUAAACAGUAUUCAUGGUGAUCGAUCACAAGCGCAACGUGAAGACGCACUUAAAUCAUUUAAAAAUGGUCGUACACCUAUUCUCGUAGCAACAAGUGUAGCUGCUCGAGGUCUCGAUAUACCAAAUGUGAAACAUGUUAUCAAUUUUGAUUUACCAACAGAUAUUGAUGAGUAUGUUCAUCGAAUUGGUCGAACAGGCCGUGCUGGCAUGUUAGGACAAGCAACAUCGUUUUUUAAUGAAAAAAAUCGUAAUAUUGCCACAGAUCUACUAGAUAUUCUUAGUGAAUCACAUCAAGAAGUACCUGAAUGGCUUGAAGGUUUAGCUAGAGAAGCUAAAAAAGAUACUCAUUCCAGACGAAAUUUUGGCGGUGGUCGACGACCGGGUGGUGGUUUUGGUGCACGUGAUUACCGUAAUCCAGCACAAAUACGCAGUGGUCGAGGCGGCGGUGGUGGUGGUGGAAGUCGAAGUGGCAGUGGAACAGGUGGAUAUAAUAAUCACCAACAACAAUGGGAUGGAUCUAAUGGUGGUAGUGGUGGUGCAAAUGCCGGUGGUAAUAUGUGGUCUGGUGAUCACCAAGCUGGUGGUGGUGGCGGCGGCGGCGGUGGUGGUGGUUAUGAUCGUUUUCAACAACAAUCUGGUGGCGGUAAUGGUAAUCGUCAACAAGACCAAAGUUGGUGGGACAGUACGUCAUGA